AGGCGGGCUGGGGCUGGUGCUGGCAGCUGCCGUGCUGUGCGGGACCGGGGGGGUCACCGGGCGCGUCCUCAGCGGUCAAAAGGUGUGCUAUGGUGAUUUCAAGCGUUCUUGCUACAAGUUAGCUUAUUUCCAGGACUUGUCUAGACGUGUGGGCUUUGAGGAGGCCCGCCAAGCUUGUGAAAUGGAUGGUGGGGCUUUACUGAGCCUGGAAAGCGAAGCUGAGCAGCAACUAAUAGAAAACAUGUUGCAAAACCUCACUAAGUCAGGCUCUGGGAUUUCUGAUGGAGAUUUCUGGAUUGGGUUGUGGAGAAGUGGCAAUGAACUAGCCACCUCAAGUCCUUGCCCCAACCUCUACAAGUGGGCAGAUGGAAGUAUUUCACCAUUCAGAAAUUGGUAUACAGAUGAGCCUUCCUGUGGAAGUGAAGCCUGUGUUGUGAUGUAUCAUCAGCCAACUGCAAACCCUGGGCUCGGAGGGCCAUACCUUUAUCAAUGGAAUGAUGAUAGGUGCAACAUGAAGCACAAUUUUAUCUGCAAAUAUGGCCCAGAUAAUGUCUUAGAAAAAGAAUUAGGAGACAGAGCGGAGCCCAAUCACGGUAAUUUUCCAACAGCGCCAGCAGGAAAUCCUUACGACACAAGCAAACCAGAAGAUCAGUAUCAUGUUAUUGCUACUGAAACAGGUAUAAUUCCGAAUCUAAUUUAUGUCGUAAUACCCACUAUACCACUACUGCUGUUGAUACUGGUGGCUUUUGGGACUUGCUGUUUCCAGAUGCUUCAUAAAAGGGAAGCAAGGAGAAACUGCUUCAAAGAUCCAUCUCCAUUAUCAUCUGAAUGCCUUGCAGAAAGUUUAAAUUCCAACCUGUAAAGGAAGAUCAAAAACCAGUCCAAACCAGUCCACACUAUGGAUUUCAAAGACGCCUAGGAAGGACAGUAGCAUGGAGGUAUAAUGAUUUACUGACUGAAAACAAAGCAAAAAUAAUAUUUUGCAGUCAGGCUGUAUUAUAAUGUCGUCAAAGAACAUUGGCUUGGAAUGGCUUGAAAAUGCAAAGGAUCUACAAGAAUGAACUGUAAGCUCCCCCUUGAGGCAAAUGUUCAGAUCAUUUUUAUAUAAUGUUUGAUUAUUAAUUCAGUAACAAAAUAUGCCAUGCUAAAUAAAGGGUAUGUGUUUAUUUUGCUAAGAGAUGUAAGUUAGCUAGUUGUGAGCAAUGAAAUGAACAGAGCAUUUGAAGUUUUUAUGGGGAAAUAUCUACAAUGUAUCAGUUUUAAGACUGUUUGUUAAACAAACCCUCUUUGUUUCCUUUAGUCUCUCAUGCAUUGUAACCUAGUUGAUGUACUGUAAAUGGAACUGACAAUUUUACAGUGUAACAAUUAUUUAUCUUUGCAUAAAUGUUUGAUAC